GUGAUUGUAAGUAACAGUAAUGAUGGUAUGGUCAAUAAUGACUACAUGAAUGUAAUACCUAAUCAUUCAUAUAGUCCAGUGCAAGUGACGAAUUCACUGAAUGCACCAGUGUUUGUGACAUACUACAAUGCAGCGAGCAGUCAGGCACAACAACCUCUGCCAUCGUUCGAGUCACUCACGUCCAACAUCAUAAUGACUCCAGUUGGUCAGCAACAUCCAUCAACACAAAGUUCUGCAUUCAUUCAACCACUUAACAAUAAUUACCAGCAAAACAUCAGCACCCCUCUGCUGCAAAUUGGUGAAAAAGAAGUGAUGAAUAAUGUUGUGAAUACAACUCAUACCAAUAUGGACAGCACUGAUAAUAUUACUAAUCCUUAUGGAUAUAGUUAUUAUCAGUUGAAGCCUUUGAACAAUCCAGCGAAGCAUCAAAUGAAUGUACCUUUUGAGACAAUACCAACCACACUAAUGACAACAACAAACUACUCGAAAGAUGAAGUGGAUGGCAAUUUAGCACAAAAGUCAUCGGAAUUGACACGUUUGAAGAAUGCUCUCGAAGGUGCGGAGAAUAUCUUGGCGAAUAAAGAGAAAAUACUCGAAACGUUCGAUAAACAAAAGCAAUUAACAACGCUGAAUAAUGUUAAUAUGGAAGAGGUUUAUGCGAAUGAUUCUCAUCACUGCACAAAUAAUACUCAGAAUGAGACAUCGAAAGAAAGUGAUGCAACGUCAAAAUUAGAAACGCCAAAAUCGAAAGAUUCAUUCUAUUGGUUGGAUGAUCUCGAUAUGAAUGCGUUGGCCGCUACUACUUCCAGUAAUAACAACGUUAAUGAUUCCACCCAACCUCACGACCAACUCGAAAAAUUAACGAUACUUUGA